ACGGAGGAAACCAUUGGGAGAAUUCGGCGCCUGCGGAGGCGAAACCUGGAUACAGCAGAGUCUUGGCCUGGAAUGUAGAAUGGUGGCGUCGGUCGCUAGUGACUUCAUUCUCUAUAGCAUGGUUAUCGGCUUCUGGCAGUGUCAGCAAUGCCGUCUGGCCUUUCCCACGAGCAUCGCAGCCAAGACUAACCUCACACAGCACGUAGGCCCUGUAUGUUGCAUCACCACACAGUCGCAGCCGUCAGCAACUACAACAUCGACCACCAGCGCCACCAGCAGCAACCCCACCGCGACAGGAACUCGCACAGGAAUGGAAGAGGCAUCACGGAAUGCCAGCGACAGGACGUAUGUCUACGCACCAACCGUGGAUUCAACUCGAGCCGGUUCUACUGACAAUACCCAGUUCGCGUUCGUACGUGCACGUGACGGUCAGGACGUGUUCACAUGGCGACUAACUUCACCACCGGCAAGCAUUGCUAUUCGCAGUCGCCUGCUCAGAAUGCGGCCGUACGACCCGGAUCGACACGGAAGCAAGUUUCGAAUUUACAGCACUGGCGACAUCAUGCAAACAUCGCCACUGCUCAACUUCCCGCAGACCGACCAAGAGUACUAUAUCGAGACGGAUCGCCAGCGGAAGUUCCUCUGCAUUGACGGACUCUCCAGGAGCAACGUUGACACGGACCGAUGCCACGGUCACCAUCUCGUCACUCUGAGGCGAUUUGAACCCUGUGACGUCAUACCGCGUAAUUGCGUCUUCCGAUUUGGCGAGCUAGCCACAUUAGCACUAACAGUACAGUCUGCUUACUAGGCACUUGCGUACAUACAUGUAUAAUGUGCACAUAGUUCACAUUUUACUACUAGUACUUGGAACAUCUGACAUCAAUUUCGAGAUGUGACUGGUGAUUGCAGCAUCAAAGCUUCACUGAUGUUGUGUCUACUCAAUUCUCAAUUCUGUGCCAAGUAUCACUCGUGGUCUCGUCCAUUUA